ACCCGCCUGUCUCGUCAUUCUUGAUUUCUCCAUAAUGUAUGUGCGACAACAUUCCCGUGAACCAGUUUCGCCGCCAGCCGGUGUGAGCGAGUGUUUCAGGAAGUCUCUGUGUGGAUAUUCUUCCUUGAAGUUGGUGCGCUGCCUGCCUCUGUGCUAUUUUUACGUGGUGGUGAGGGGUGGUGUUCAGAGAAAACCCUGUGAAGCUUUCCUCUGGGCUAAGACUGCAGUGUGACCAAGGAGCUGAUUCACUCUGGAUCGUCCCACUGAGUUUUGUUCUCAGUGUUGUUGUUGGUUCAGAUGAAGUACCGGAGAUGAAGACAGCACUACAUUGAAAAGCUGUGGGCCCUUGACCGGAAAAUGGAUUUUUAUGAAAACUUGACGUGUUGACGUCACGCUGAUGAGAUAGUUGGCAAACUAUGGCUGAUAUCACCUGUGCUGCUGCUUAGCAACAGGAUCCCUGCCUGAAAGCAUCUAACUACGCCAUGUCUAACGGCGGCGGUGCCCCGAGCAGCACCACCCACCUGCUGGACUUCCUAGAGGAGCCCAUCCCAGGUGUGGGGACCUACGACGACUUCCACACCAUCGACUGGGUACGAGAGAAGUGCAAGGAUCGCGAGAGACACCGGAAGAUCAACAGUAAGAAAAAGGAGUCUGCGUGGGAGUUCACCAAGAGCCUGUACGAUGCCUGGUCUGGCUGGCUGGUGGUCACGCUCACUGGUUUGGCGUCAGGUGCUUUGGCUGGCCUGAUUGACAUUGCUGCUGACUGGAUGAACGACCUGAAGGAGGGCGUGUGUCUGAGCGCCAUGUGGUUCAACCACGAGCAGUGCUGCUGGACGUCCAAUGAGACCACCUUCGCUGAGAGGGACAAGUGUCCUCAGUGGAAGAGCUGGGCUGAGCUAAUACUGGGGCAGGCCGAGGGUCCCGGCUCCUACAUCAUGAACUACUUCAUGUACAUCUACUGGGCUCUGUCCUUUGCUUUCCUGGCCGUCUGCCUGGUGAAGGUGUUUGCUCCGUACGCCUGCGGCUCAGGGAUACCCGAGAUCAAGACCAUCCUGAGCGGGUUCAUCAUCCGGGGCUACCUGGGCAAGUGGACCCUGAUGAUCAAGACCAUCACUCUGGUGUUGGCUGUGGCGUCCGGCCUCAGCCUGGGGAAGGAGGGCCCCCUGGUCCACGUGGCCUGCUGCUGUGGGAACAUCUUCUCCUACCUCUUCCCCAAGUACAGCAAGAACGAGGCCAAGAAACGAGAGGUUCUCUCCGCUGCGUCGGCCGCUGGUGUGUCCGUUGCUUUUGGGGCACCAAUCGGGGGAGUGCUCUUCAGCUUAGAGGAGGUGAGCUACUACUUCCCUCUCAAGACCCUGUGGCGCUCCUUCUUUGCUGCCCUGGUGGCGGCCUUCGUCCUGCGCUCCAUCAAUCCCUUCGGCAACAGCCGCCUGGUGCUGUUCUACGUGGAGUACCACACGCCGUGGUACCUGUUCGAGCUCAUCCCUUUCAUCCUGCUGGGAGUCUUCGGGGGCCUCUGGGGCGCCUUCUUCAUCCGAGCCAACAUCGCCUGGUGCCGGCGGCGCAAGUCCACGCGCUUCGGCAAGUACCCGGUGUUGGAGGUGAUCCUGGUGGCGGCCAUCACCGCCGUGGUGGCUUUCCCAAACCCUUACACGCGCCAGAACACCAGCGAACUGAUCAAGGAGCUCUUCACCGACUGCGGCCCGCUGGAGUCUUCGCAGCUCUGCCAGUACCGCAGCCAGAUGAACGGCAGCAGGGCCUUCACCGACAACCCCAACCGGCCGGCGGGGCCCGGCGUCUACUCGGCCAUGUGGCAGCUCUGCUUGGCGCUCAUCUUUAAAAUCAUCAUGACUAUAUUCACAUUUGGACUGAAGGUGCCCUCGGGUCUGUUCAUCCCCAGCAUGGCCAUUGGGGCCAUCGCAGGACGAAUCGUCGGCAUCGCCGUGGAGCAGCUCGCCUAUUACCACCACGACUGGUUCCUGUUCAAAGAAUGGUGUGAGGUGGGAGCCGACUGCAUCACCCCAGGGCUCUACGCCAUGGUGGGAGCAGCAGCUUGUCUGGGCGGCGUGACCCGCAUGACCGUCUCCCUGGUCGUCAUCGUGUUCGAGCUGACCGGCGGGCUGGAGUACAUCGUCCCCCUCAUGGCCGCCGUCAUGACCAGCAAGUGGGUGGGCGACGCGUUCGGCCGGGAGGGGAUCUACGAGGCGCACAUCCGCCUGAACGGAUACCCCUUCCUGGACGCCAAGGAGGAGUUCACGCACACCACGCUGGCCAGGGAGGUGAUGAGGCCUCGGCGCAGCGACCCCCCGUUAGCGGUGCUGACGCAGGACGACCUGACGGUGGAGGAGCUGCAGGGCGUCAUCAACGAAACCAGUUAUAAUGGUUUCCCUGUGAUCGUGUCCAAGGAGUCCCAGAGGCUGGUGGGCUUCGCUCUGCGCAGGGACAUAACUAUCGCUAUAGAAAACGCUCGCCGCAAGCAGGAGGGCAUCAUGUUGAACUCCAGGGUGUACUUCACCCAGCACGCCCCCACCCUGCCGGCCGACAGCCCCCGGCCCCUCAAGCUGCGCUCCAUCCUGGACAUGAGCCCCUUCACCGUCACUGACCACACCCCCAUGGAGAUCGUGGUGGACAUUUUCAGAAAGCUGGGGCUGCGCCAGUGCCUGGUCACUCACAACGGGAUUGUGUUGGGCAUCAUCACUAAGAAGAAUAUAUUAGAGCAUCUGGAGGAGCUCAAGCAGCACACGGAGCCCCUGGCGGCUUCUUGGUAUUAUCACAAAAAAAGAUAUCCUCCGUCACAUGGCUCAAAUGGCAAACCAAGAUCCAGAGUCCAUCAUGUUCAACUGAUCCGCUCCUUCCAGGACGGCUGGGGGGGAGGGGGAGGCGGCAGCGAGGGAGAGGAUGAGGAGGAGGAGGAGGAGGAAGAAGAGGUGUGCCUCCUGAACGGCUCCAACCUCUGACGUUCGGACCCCGUUUCUUUCGUUUCGUUUCACCUUAGCUUUCGUUUGUAGACUGACUGUGGCCUCCAGAGACUUCGCGAGCCGCAAGAGGGAAAAGACGACGAUAAAAGACUUUGUUUAUCUCCGUCUAGCUGCUGAGGACACGCGGAGGUCACGGCUCGAAAGGCACACUCACACACAAGGAAUGCACUUUUUACACACACACGCACACACAAAGAAAACACACAAAAAACACACACUUUUGCACUCGCACACUCCUCGUACAUGCAUGCUGUCUCUCUCCGCACACACACACACACACACACACACACACACAACUCCCUGUUCUGUAAAGUGACACCCAUUUGCACUCUUCACGUGCCUCACCCUUUGUCCCGUCUCCGCUGAGGUCGUGGUGAUGGCGUCGCCUGGCUGGUGGGGGUCAAAGGUCAGAAUGAACCGCCGAUGAUCAGGGACGCGAUGAAGGACCUUGAAACCUCCAGGUUUAAAAAAACAAAAACAAAGAAAAAAAAAAGCUCACUGUCCUCACCCCUGCACACACCCGACCUGUCCGUCCUCCAGACAAAAACCUGUUGUUUACCUGUGAAUUAAGUGUGUGAGCAGAGUGUGUGUGUGUGUGUGUGUGUGUGUGUGUGUGUGUGUGUGUGUGUGUGUGUGUGUGUGUGUGUGCUACCUUAGCGCCGCUACAUUCCAGCCAGGUUACCAUGGGAACCGAGAGGAUGUGCAGCUGCUCCUCAUCCCGUGAUCGCGUCAUGGCACAUGGAUGCUCCCCCGGGUUCGAUCUAAACAAGAUGGCUUUAGUGUGUGUGUGUGUGUGUGAGGCGUGUGUGUGAAGGAGAGAGAGGGAGGUAGAGCGACACAGACGGUACUCUAUUUCAAGAACAAAACAAAAAAAAAAAAGUUCCCUUUGUGAAGGAAAGAAAUGACACAGACCUUUUGUGUUUUCAUGUCUGAGCCAGCUUGAGUUGUCCGUGUGUGUGUGUGUGUGUGUGUGUGUGUGUGUGUGUGUGUGUGUGUGUGUGUGUGUGUGUGUGUGUGUGUGUGUGUGUGUGUCCUGUUCAUUCAUUCAGUGUGAUGAAGGCCGAAUAAAAGAAAGAGCGUCCAGGUUGAGUCCUACUGUGUCACAGAAAACUGUUACUGUUUCUACGAGGGCGAUCGUAGCUCUACGUGAGUUUCCUUUCUGGCUCAUCUGUUCACAUCUUUAAAUUAUGACGACUAACGGAUGAAGAGAUUAACAGUGAUGAUCUCGUUAUUGCGGCGUCCCUCAGAUAUUAGGAGUAAACGAGAAGUGGAAGCAUUUGAGCAUCUUUGAGCCAGAGCAGCUCAGUUUUAUCAGAAGUGGCCCAAGGAGGCAAACAAGGCUCAGUGGAGGCUGGUCUGAUUCAACAGUGGUUGUGAUACAGAGGUGUCAAAUUAUUAUUUUUUUUUUUUUUUUGCGCGGCUAUUCUGGGACCAGUUUUCGUGGUCGUCCGGGCAACGUAUGGUACUAGGAUGCAGAGAGUGACCCCUCGUCCUUGUCUCGAGGGUGGACUCGGUCUGCAGCAACGUUCAGGUGGUGGUACGUAUCAAAAGAACAUAUUUAACAUAUUUACCAGAAGAACUUUAAGCAGUAAAGAGAUCAUCAGUGUUAUUCACUUCACAGGUUGGUGGUUUUAAUGUUAUGGCUGAUCGGUGUAUAAAUAUGAACCACAGGCGCCGUCCCUCAGUUCAAAGUGAACGCCGCCCAGUCUUCUUUUGAUUAAAGACUCGUCUUCACACCAGGCCUCUGUAAAAAGGGAUAUUUGAUCUGGAUCUCGUUUCCUCAGUUGAUUUAAAUUUGUUGAGAUUUGAAGUAAACCUCCAAACCCACAGAAAAGAUAUUUAAAUUAACUGUGAUCAUUAAUCGUUUUCCAAUUAACAAAGGCCAAACCAUCAUUAAGUGGUAAAACUCUAAAUCCUUUUAUGUUAGAAGACGAAAACCGGCAAAUGUUCAGCUUCACAAACGUCUGGAAUUAUUCAUCAUUAAGCAGCUUAAGCUCUGAAAAGACACAGAACCAGACGUCCUCCAGCUCCACGCAGGUAAACAGUAAA